GUAACCCUUACCAGCCCCAGCCCAAAGCCCCUGCCCCGUAACCAAAACGCGCUCCUGCCUCUCUCACACUCGACCAGUCCGAUGUUCUCUCAUCGAGCUCCUGCUCCUCCGUCACUUCCGUUCAAUCACCGUCGCGGCGUCGCAUCUUCCUUCCCCUCCGUUGCGCAGCAACCGUCGCAACUUCCUUCCCCUCCAUCGCGCAGCCACCAUCGGAACGACGAAGCCUCCGUCGCGCAGUCGUCCCGCCGGCGCCAGCUCUGUUCCACCUUCAGCCUUCGAUCGUGCUCCACUGCUCCCUGUCCGCCUCUUGCGCCAGCUCUGCCCUGUUCUGCGCUCCCUCAGUCCCUGAUCCAGAUAGUUAAAGGUUCUGCCACAUUUAUUUGAGAGAGAGAGAGAAUCAUUCAGCAAAUAUGAAAGAGGAAGAGGUCAAUCGAUGCCAAAUUCAAGAAUGGUACCCGAAGUUCAAAUCUGUAUCUAUCAAGACCAUAAUUCAUAAACUCCCUGAAUCUUUUAUUCAGUACCUUCUUGAUGACUCUGGGACAUUUUUGUUGCCUGCUUCUGUGUUGGAUGAAGAUGCCUUGCCGAAUAGAAUUCAUAAUUCGGAUGAUGAAGAUUUUCAGGUGUCAGAAGGAACUGCUGAUGAAGCAGAAGAACCUUCUCCACCGCCUUCAUUUCCAGAACUUGAGUUGAAAAUUAAGGAAUCCAUCGAGUCCCUUGGGGGUGCAGUCUUCCCCAAGUUGAAUUGGAGUGCCCCAAAAGAUUCGGCUUGGAUAAGUACUUGUGGCAGCCUUCGUUGCACCUCUUUCAGUGAGAUUGCGCUCUUGUUCCGCGCAUCUGACUCAUUGGUGCAUGAUUUGUGCCACGCUUAUGACUCUUGCCAAGAUAAAUCUUUGUCCAGACCUCAAGAGUUUUUUCUUGCCCUUCGAAAAUGGUAUCCAUCCCUUCAACCUGACAUGGAGUUCCGUUGCUUUGUGCGAGAUCAGAAAUUACUUGGAAUUUCUCAGCGAGAAGUUACUACCUUUUAUCCUCCUUUGCUUGAAAAGAAGAGCAGCCUCCAAUUGCUGAUACAGGAAUUUUUCAACAGUUAUGUUAAAGAGAGAUUUGAGUCUGAAAACUACUCAUUUGAUGUUUAUAUUACAAGGGACGAGAGAGUUAAGAUCAUGGACUUCAACCCUUGGGGUGCCUUUACAUUGCCAUUGUUGUUUACGUGGGAUGAAUUAGAGCAUAUCCACAAUGAAGGAGGUGAUGCAGAGUUCAGAAUCAUUGAAGAUCAUUGUGGUGUUAGGCCAGGCUUGAAAACUGCUGUUCCAUAUGAUUACUUGGAUACUGCCCCAGGAAGUGGUUGGGAUCAAUUUCUGAGGAAUGCACAUGAGGAGUUACAUCGACAAACCAUGUCUACUGACGCAGGUGCAUAACAAUUAGAUUCUGUUUCUCAUCUGCCAACUUUGAGGUAGAAAACAGAAAAGUAGAUAUUUUGUUCCCUAGUCUGAGCUGUUUGACAUUCAUAUUGGAUGUCGAAAAACAUUAAAAAUUUCUACCUGUUCCAGAGGUGUUUCUUUCCUUUUUAACAAAUAUGUAAACUGGUUUUGCUACGCAUAUGCUUAAUGUUUUGAA